AUGUCUCUCAAUAUUGCUCAAAUACUCCAAGAUGAUUUAAUUACGCCUAUGGUACGAAAAACAGCUUAUGGUCUUGCAACAACAUGUAUACUUGGUGCUGCUGUUUAUGCUGGUUAUUGUGUUGCAGCACCGGAAAAACAUAUUAUCCGGCAACAUCGCCAUCCUGAACUUAAUGAUCAGAUUGAAAAAGUUGUUGAUUCAUUAAAAAUAACUGAUGAUCAACUUAUACAUAUUAUGCAUAUAUUGGAAGAAGAGAUGAGUGCUGGUCUUUCACCAAUAACACAUAAACAAGCAACAGUAAAAAUGUUUCCAACAUAUGUACGAAAUAUUCCAAAUGGUACGGAAGUUGGUCAGGUACUUGCACUUGAUCUAGGCGGAACAAAUUUUCGUGUACUUCUAAUUGAUUUACGUGGUAAUGCAAGAGUAGAAUUAACAUCGAAAAUUUUUGUUAUUCCACAAUCAAUUAUGAUUGGUGAUGGCAGACAUUUAUUUUGUCAUUUAGCUGAAUGUUUAUAUGAUUUUAUGUUAAAAGAAAAUUUAUUACGUACAGGAAUAUGUUAUCCAUUAGGUUUUACAUUUUCAUUUCCUUGCAGACAAGAAGGUUUAGCAUCAGCUCGAUUAACAUCUUGGACAAAAGGUUUUAGUUGUUCAGGUGUUGUUAAUGAAGAUGUUGUUAAACUUUUACAAGAAGCUAUUAAUGAAAAGGGUAUUAAUGCAAAAUGUGUAGCAUUAGUAAAUGAUACAGUUGGUACAUUAAUGGCUUGUGCAUAUAAAGAUCCAGCAACUGCUAUUGGUCUUAUAUUAGGAACUGGUACAAAUGCAUGUUAUAUUGAAAAUUUAGAUAAAGUUGGUACAUGGAAUAGUGAUUAUGAUGAACCAAAACAAGUUAUUAUUAAUAUGGAAUGGGGUGCGUUUGGAGAUAAUGGUCGUUUAAAUCUUAUUCGAACAAAAUAUGAUGAAGAAGUUGAUCUUUCAUCAAUAAAUCCUGGCAAACAAAUUUUUGAAAAAAUGAUUUCUGGAAUGUAUAUGGGUGAAAUUGUUCGUUUAAUUAUACUUGAUUUACUUCAACAAGAAUUACUUUUUCUUGGUCAUCGUGAUACAUAUGGAGAUUAUAAAACACCACUUUAUAAUCGUGGUGGUUUUUAUACGAAAUUUGUUUCUACAGUUGAAACUGAUGAAGGUAUUAAAUUCUCAAAUACACGUCGAGUACUUGAAGAUAUUGGUAUUCAUAAUCCUACAUACGAUGAUUGUGCUAUUGUUCAACAUAUAUGUCGACAAGUUUCUAAACGUGCUGCUAGAUUAGCUGGUGCUGGUUUGGCUGUAUUGGUUAAUCGAAUUGGUAAAAGUGAUGUUACUGUUGGUGUUGAUGGUUCACUCUAUCGAUAUCAUCCACGUUUUAAACGUAAUAUGGAAAGAUGUAUGGAAACAUUAGUGAACAAAGAUGUUAAAUUUGCUCUGGAAACUAUUCCUGAUGCGAGUGGUAUUGGUGCUGCUGUCACAGCUGCAGCUGAAUGUCGUAGUGGUAAAGGUGCCGCUAUGGUCGCUUGUGUUGCUGGAAAACCUUAUCUUGUAAAUUCUAUUGUAUCUGAUGAAGAAACAGCUGAUUAUGAAAAAAUCAAUUCAUAA